AUGCGACCAUCGAUGGAGCUCACCCUAGACAACCUCGUGGCCACCCUUAGCUACGCCAGCCAGGCGGAGCGGCUGGAGCUGCACCGCCAGGCCGAGGCCCAGUUGGGGCAGUGGGAGACGGCUCCGGGGUACCACUACUUGCUCCAGGAGGUGUUCAUCAACCGAGACUCGCCCACACCCAUCCGGUGGUUGGCGGUGAUCUGCUUCAAAAACGGCGUCGACCGCUACUGGAGACCACUGAAAAAGCAUGCAAUUUCCAAGGAAGAAAAGGCCCAGAUCCGCCUGAGGCUGUUUGCCAUGCUUGACGAGCAAAACCAGAAUUUGAGUGUUCACAACGCCACCGCUGUCGCCAAAAUUGCUCGGUUUGACUUCCCCAGUGAAUGGCCUACUUUAUUUGAUGAUAUUGAACGGUUGCUUGAGCAAUUAGUGUUUGAUCAGAACGAUAUGGUCGCCACCAACAAUUUACUCAUUAUUCUCAAUCGGGUAAUCAAACUGGUGAGCACGGUACGCAUCGGCCGGUCCCGCCACGCCAUGCAGGCUAAAGCCUCAACGGUGGUUACACUCUUGGUAAAACUCUACACCAAGUUCUUCACCAGUUGGGCGGCUUCUCUCGACCUUAAAUUGAUGGAAGUGUGCUAUCUGUGUCUCAAAUGCCUUCGCCGCAUCAUCCCCGAAGGGUUUGAUCAACCUCAUACCAAUCAAGACGUGUGUGAGUUUGUCAGUUUGACGGUAGACCAUCUCCAAGGGCUUGUGGUCGAGCACGACAAGUACUCGCUGGAUUUACUCGAACGCUACGUUCGCUGCUACACCAAAUUAUACUAUAACAUUCUCAGCAAUAACCCCACCAGUUUCAUGCUUUUGCCGUGCUCACAGAAGAUUAUCACGACGUUCUUAUCGUUGCUUGAGCAAAAGGCUGAAGACAUUCACCGUGCUGGUCUGGGCGACGGUGAUGACGAAAACGAUUUCUGGGUGGUAUUGGCACUUAAAGGGUUCCUUAUCCUCAAAAAAUGCAUUGAGUUUAUCUACAAAAAGGGCGCUAUUACGAUUAAGCAGCGUAAUGAUAAGGCUGAGGUGGAGGCACUGGUGGCUAAGUUGACUCAGGAAACAUUCACUCCCGAGGCUAUUUGUCACUUGUGUAAUAUUGUCAUCAACUGGUAUCUUCGCCUUCGCCCGCUGGAUUUGGAGCGCUGGCUGUUGGAUGGCGAAGAAUGGUGGAACGAAGAACUCUCGCAACUGUGGGAGUACCAGAUCCGACCGUGUGCGGAAAACUUCUACCAGGAGUUGAUCAAGAUCUUUGAUGAGUUUUUGACUCCCUUCAUAAUUGAUAAGAUCUCCAACGGUCUUACCACUCAGAGUGAUAUUCUCACCAAGGACCUGAUCCUCUGUACCUUCCAGCUUUCCAGUGUGCAAUUAGCUAACCACGUGCUGUUUGAUACCCUUCUUAAGGACUUGUUUAUUCCACAAGCCAUGGCGACGCUGCUGAGCGAGGGUAAAGUGCUCAAACGCCGCGUGUGCCUUAUCAUCUCUGAAUGGGUCGGUGUCAGUUGUCUGAGGGAACUGAGAGUGGAAAUCUAUAAGUUUUUGACUCCGCUUUUAUCUGAUGAAGAUGUGGUGGUAAGAUUAGCAGCAAUUCUGACGUUGAGAACCGUCAGCGAAGAUUGGGAUUUUGUCAAAGCCGAUUUCACUCCCUUCUUUCCCACCACCAUCGACCCUAUCAUCCAAACAUUGAACUCAGUGUCGCUAACUGAGUCCAAAUUGUACAUCCACAAAACCUUGGGCGGUCUUCUUGAACGGUGCAACCCUCUUGUCGACCAAAGCGUGCUUAUCAAAGUGUUGGACGUGAUCAAGUCCAGUGGCGACGGAGCCACUGAGCCCAUCGUCAAACUGAGUAUUGUCAGGCUUCUCCGCAGUUUGACCAUCACCAUGUCUGACCUCAGUCCUGAGGUCCACUCGCUCGCUCUCCCCCUCAUUCGCAUGUGUUGCUCGGAAAACACCGAGUACUAUACCCUCUUAAGCGAGGACGGCUACGACUUGUGGCUAGCCAUUCUCACAUACUGUCCCACCAGUUGUCACAGCCAGGAAAUCGUGGACUUAUUUGGCAUUUUAGUCACCGGUUUGCGCGACUCCACUGAGAUCCUCCCCACCAUUUUGGCAAUUAUGAGACUGUACGCGUUGUACGCUCCUAAAUUAUACUGUGAACCUGCUGGAGCAGAACAGCUAGCGGUGGUGGCCGGCUAUCUCGCUACGAUGAGAGACGACUCUUAUGUGGUGUUGGUAUCGCUCUUAGACAUCCUCAUGGUAAGCUUAGACGGCAACCAGCAAUUCUACGAAAAUCUCAUGCUGCUGGGAUUGUUCGCGGCGAUGCUUGCCUACGCUACAGACGAGGCAAUGACGACAUUCAUGGCCAAUAAGCUCUUCCUCGUCAUGCUGAGGAUGGCGAAGCUGUGUCCUCAACUCUGGUUCCAGAUGGUCGAACACGUGGGUCAACUGCCCCAGACAGUGAUCGAUGUUUGGAUCAGAUACUUCAACUCCAACGGUAACCCCCGCAACCGUAAAAUCAACUUAAUGGGGCUCUUGUCGUUGACUCUGUAUGGGGUAAUCGCUCAAGGCCAGCCUCAAGGGUGGUGUGCUGAUGCCUUCAACCAGCUGAUAGCCAAAACUUUCAUAUUCACCGAAGAAGUGAAUGAGUCUAUGGACGGUAUGGUGGAUGCGUAUAAUCACGACUUGACCUAUGAGGAUAUUGAUGAUUACGCAUACUUGGAUCCGUCAAUCAAACCCCACGGAGAAAAGUUGCGCUAUACCGAGGUGUGUGCUAAGGACCCCGUAGCCCUGACGAACUUGGCUAACUUUUUGAAGCAGUGUGUGCUUCAAGUGCGUAACGAGUUGGGCAACCUGGCGUUUGAGCAGUUGGUGGGGGCUAAUGACCAGUACGUCGUGGAAAAGCUUGCCGGAGUACAAUAA